AUGUCGCAUAGUAUGCUCCUGUUCGAUUUCCAAGCGGCAUCGGCUAGAACUAACCUCAGUUCAGGCAAGCGAAAUACGACACGGCCCGUCUUCACCUCGCACGAGCGCAGCCUCGCCAAGGCCAACUGGGCGUCCAAGUCGGCUCGCCUGCACCGCGACUCGUUUCUGCCAUUUGGCUCGUGCAGCCUGUGCCUGGAGCUGGCCCGAGACCCGGUGUCCUGCCUGGGCGGCGACAUCUUUUGCCGCGAGUGUGCGCUUGCCAACAUGCUCGCACAGAAACAGGACAUUAAGCGCGCCGACAAGGCGCGGAGGCAGGCGGAACGUGAUACCGCCCGGGCGCAGGCCGCCCACGACGACGAGGACCAGCGCCGUGCCGUUCGCGAUUUUGAGCUCACGCAGGCCGGACUCUCUGGCAGUGCGAGACCUGCUGCGGAAAGAGAUGUAGCGAAAGAAACGAAUAACGAUACCCCAAGGAUCACGAACGUAAAGAGAAAAUUUGAGCUAGACGCGGAGGAACUGGAGAGGAUAGCCAAAGAAGACCGAGCAAAAGCUCGAAAGACCAUUAACGACGAAGAGGCCGCUAAAUCAUCAUUACCGUCCUUUUGGACACCCUCACUCACACCCGACGCCACCAAAGACGCCCGACUCCUCGAAGCCUCCAAGAAAACCAAACCCGUUGCUGUGUGUCCCGCGUCCGCCAGCGAUAACCCGCACGCGCUCAGCCUGCAGCACCUCAUCACCAUUCACUUUGACGAGCAGUCCGACCUGUCCAAGCGAGCCGGCACCCGCACCUGCCCGUCGUGCCGCAAGACGCUGACCAACGCGUCGAGCCCGGCCAUGGCCAUCAAGUGCGGGCACGUACUGUGCCUCGGCUGCGUCAAGCAGUUUGUGGCGCCGCCGCCGAAGCAGGCGGCCAAGGAAACGACCAGAGACGCGGCAGCGGCGUGCUUUGUCUGCGAUACGCCGCUGUCGUGGAGGGUCGACGCAUUCACGUCCACGUCCACAUCUACGUCCACGUCCAAGCCUUCGCUGCUGCCAAGCGGCAUGAUUGCGCUGAAAUCCGAAGGCACGGGCUUUUCAGCGCGCGGCGGCAACACCGUGGAACGCAACAAUGUAGCUUUCCAAUGUUAG